AUGUGGCCAGCAUGCACGGUUUCUGUGGCUGGCCAGCCCUUCUCACACCGGCCACCAGCCGCUCGAGUGGGCAAGCGGGGCUCUUGCCUGCAAGCGGUGGCGCAGCAGAGCACCACUCAAACAACUGCAGUAGGCGCCGUGCAGCCGCUGGCCAGCAAGGUGCUGAGCGGCAGGGAGGUGGAGGAGCGUGCACUCUGGCUCCAGAUAGGGCUGCACGAGUCCUGGGGGGAGAGCCAGCGCCGCGUGAGCCAGCAGUGGCAGGGCCUGGAGCUGCUGCAAGCCUACGACAGAUGUGGGGAGGUGACGAGCGAGUAUGCCAAGACGUUCUUCCUGGGCACGCAGCUGAUGACUCCAGAGCAGGCCAAAGCCAUUUGGGCCAUCUACGUGUGGUGCCGGCGCACAGAUGAGCUGGUGGAUGGCCCCAACGCGUCGCGCAUCACGCCUGCUGCCCUGGAUCGUUGGGAGAACCGGCUCGACGCGCUAUUUGAGGGCCGACCCUAUGAUGCGCUGGAUGCAGCACUCACAGACACCAUCUCUCGCUUCCCCGUCCACAUUCAGCCCUUUCGGGACAUGAUUGGUGGUAUGCGCAUGGAUCUCGUGAAGUCGCGGUAUGAAACUUACGAUGAGCUGUACGACUACUGCUACCGCGUGGCCGGCGCCGUGGCGCUCAUGAGCGUGCCGGUAAUGGGCGUGGACAAGUCGUACAAGGCGGAGAAUGUGUAUCGCGCUGCACUGGCGCUAGGCACGGCCAACCAGCUGACCAACAUCUUGCGUGACGUUGGAGAGGAUGCCUCGCAGCGCAACCGCAUCUACAUUCCGCUGGAGGAGCUCGCGGCCUUUAAGAUUCGGGAGGAGGAGGUGCUAAAUGGCACACUCUUUGCAGCGAGCACUGGGCGUAUUGAUGAUCGCUGGCGGGCUUUCAUGCAGUUUCAGAUAGCGCGUGCGCGGCAGAUCUUUGCCGAGGCAGAAGCCGGCGUGAACCUGCUUGAUGCCGAAGCGCGGUGGCCUGUCUGGACGGCGCUCGUCCUGUACCGCCAAAUUUUGGACGCAAUAGAGGCCAACGACUACAACAACUUCACGCAGCGGGCAUAUGUGCCAAAGUGGCGCAAGCUGGUGUCGCUGCCAGCAGCCCUGCUGCGAGCAAGGAUGUAG